AUGCAACAGCGAGAUGGCUUAGCUAUUAUAUUUUUCCCAACAUCUCCAUCGAGGAAAUUACUUCAAUUUCAUACUUGGAUAACAGAGUAUGAGUUAAAAUAUCAUCACUCACUCACAGAAAACAUUUCUACAACAUCUAUUGCAUCAAUUUCACCUCCUCAGAAAACUCAGGAGGAAAGAAUACUGGGUAAAGAUGGUUUUAGUAAGAUUCCUCAUGAGCUUAUGAUGAUUAUUAUGGAUAAUUUGGAAGCUACCGACAUUCUUUCUUUAUCUAUGGAAGUAUUUGACAAGGGAUGGUUUCAUUUUCGGUUACCUUACAAGAUUGUAAUUGCUAAGAAGGAUCAAUUCGAUGAUAGAAGAUACCAAGUUCACACUGGCAUUUCUUGUUGUGCCGAAGAUUUACCAAAAUGCAGAUCUCUUAAAGGACCUUUCUCCGUGGAUUAUGUAUGUUUACGUCCCCACAUUGCAUAUGACCAUGUAGAAAAUCCACCUAUCAUUGAACAUUUAGAAAAUGAUUAUGAAAGUGUAUAUAGCGAUAAUGAAUAUUAUGAUCUACAAAAUAAUCCUGAAGAAAAUUGUAUCAUUUCUUCAAAGAGGAGAAAAAAAUUAAUCAAACUUUUAUCUUGUAGUGCUAGAGAUACGAUUUCUAAUAGGGACAGUCGGCUUUAUGUAAAUGCUAACGCUAUGGGCGUAAGUGGAAAUCACCAUCGUAACACUUUGUAG